UUCAAAAUGGAGGAGAAGAGAAACACAAGAGAAGAUUGUCUAAUGCCACAACCAUGGCUUGUCUUCUUUGCCUUAGCAUUGGGGUUGAUUUACAUGGACCCAUUUGAAAUGGGUCCAUUGGGUGGGUAUGAUUACAGGCCAGUGAAGGCUCAUGAUAUAGCACCAUAUAAAGAAGUGAUGGAGAAAUGGAGAGCAGACAAUGGCAGUAAGUUAAGGUUUGGGAGGUUGGAGUUUGUUGAUGAGGUGUUUGGACCAGAGUCUUUGGAGUUUGAUAUUAAGGGCAGAGGUCCUUAUGCUGGUUUGGCUGAUGGCCGGAUUGUAAGGUGGAUGGGAGGUGCCUUAGGAUGGGAGACCUUUUCUCUUGUUAGUCCUAAUUGGACUGAGAAGGCAUGUGCAAAUGGUGUGUAUUCAACAACACCACUGCAACACAAGAAGGAGAAGCUUUGCGGGCGCCCUCUGGGCCUAAGAUUUAACAAAAUCACCGGCGAGCUCUAUAUCGCCGACGCCUAUCAUGGUUUAAUGGUACUAGGGGCUGAAGGAGGGCUUGCAACUCCUCUAGCAUCUCAUGUUCAUGGGAAUCCUAUCAUCUUUGCAAAUGACUUGGAUCUUCAUUCAAAUGGCUCUAUCUUCUUCACUGACACCAGCAUGAGAUACACUAGAAAGGAUCACUUCAUUAUACUACUGGAAGGAGAAGCAACAGGAAGGUUAUUAAGAUAUGAUCCUCCAUCAAAAACAACUCAUGUUGUCUUGCAAGGCUUAGCAUUUCCAAAUGGAGUUCAGUUAUCUAAAGACCAAUCUUUUCUCCUCUUCACUGAGACAACUAACUGCAGGAUUAUGAAGUACUGGCUUGAAGGUCCUAAAACUGGGGAACUGGAACUGUUUGCAAACUUGCCAGGGUUUCCAGACAACGUGAGAAUGAAUGAUAAAGGGCAGUUCUGGGUGGCCAUUGAUUGCUGUAGAACUCCAGCACAAGAAGUUCUCUCACAACAUCCAUGGCUGAGGAGCAUUUACUUCAAGCUUCCUCUCAAGUUGAGCUUUCUGGGAAGGAUAAUGUCAAUGAAGAUGUUCACUGUUGUUUGUCUUUUCAGUGAAGAUGGUGAGGUUUUGGAGGUGCUUGAAGAUAGAGGAGGGGAGGUUGUGAAGUUGGUGAGUGAAGUCAGGGAAGUGGCUGGUAAACUUUGGAUUGGAACUGUGGCUCAUAAUCAUGUUGCUACACUUCCUUUUCCUUUUCUCAAGAGGAAGUAGUGUUGAGUUGAGUGUUUGCAUUGUAUCAACUGUUAAUGAUUUUUAAAGUAUUUUAAUUAAUGUGCUCUUGUUCUUCAAAA